AUGAGUAAGUCUCGCAUGGAAUUGCUAAUCUACAAAACUCAUCAAUUCAAUAAGACUGUGGCAACAGAGUUCUAUCUUCUGGCCUUCUCUAAUUUACAGAAUUUGCAGAUUUUAAUUUUUAUUUCUGUCUUAUUGGCAUUUAUAUCCUGUGUUGUGGGGAAUAGUGCUAUACUUGUCCUUAUAAGACACAACCGGUCACUUCAUACGCCAAUGUAUUUUUUUAUUUGCAAUUUUGCUGCCCUGGAAAUAAUAUUUGUAUCCAUCACUGUUCCUAAACUUCUAGCUAAUUUACUUGAAGCCAGCAGGACCAUAUCAUUUAUUGGGUGCUUUGCCCAGAUGUAUACAUUUCAUAUCUUAGGAGUAGGGGAAUGUUAUCUUCUGGCGGUUAUGGCCUUUGAUCGAGACUUAGCCAUUAACAACCCUUUGAAGUAUACCAAUAUAAUGCACAAAGUUCUCUGUAUUGAACUUGCAGCUGCCCCAUGGUUAAUGGGAUUUAUCAUUGCUGCCAUACCUACAAUAGUGACAGCUAAACUGGAUUUUUGUGGACCCAAUAAAGUCAACCAUUUCUUCUGCGAUUUGGCUCCAAUACAAAACAUUGCAUGUUCUAAUUCCCUGGUCAGCAACUUGCUCACAAGUUCAGCAGUUGUAUUUGGUACUAUGGUUCCAUUUGUGAUCAUUUUAGGAUUCUACAUCCACAUCAUUGCUGUCAUCUCAAGAAUUAAAAGCACCAUAGGAAAACAGAAAGCCUUCUCCACCUGUUCCUGCCACCUCAUUGUAGCCGGCAUGUUCUACUGCUCAGCCAUUGUUGUAUAUGCUAGGCCAAAAGGCAGUCAUCACGACAAAUUCCUUGCCCUCAUAUACACUGUCAUUAUUCCAUCCCUAAAUCCAUUUAUUUAUACCUUAAGGAACAAGGACGUCAGAGUAGCUCUUCAAAAAUCAAAGCUACUAAAAGUCCUUUGUCAAAAUAGGAUAAGCUCUCAGCAAAGCCAUAGUCAUAGAUGA